UGGGCUGCAGACAAGGGGCAGGGGGGUGCGGGGCACUGUUGAGGUGGUGCUGAGUCUGGGCCCUGGCCAGAGGGCUCCUGGCAGCCCGGCGAGCUCCGGGCAUGGCACGGUGACAGCGAGGCAGGGCUUGGUCAGGGCCCGAGCAGGGCUGUGACAGUGAGCAGGGCAGCCCGAGCGUGCGGCCCGCUGAGGAAUGGGGGGUGGCAGCACCCCCCCAGGUCUGGCAGCAGCUGGUCCCUGGCAGCGGCUGCCAGCUCCGACCCAGGCAGUAGCAUGCAGGGGGCAGCGGGGCAGAAGGAAAUCGCCUCCCAUCUGUGCCCUCCACGCAGCUGAGCUCCAGGCCGGCCCUGCUCCGGCCGAGUCCCUCUGCCCCCCGCAGCGCCAGGCUCAGCCACGUGCCACCGUCACCUCAGUCUUUGUGUGGGCUCUCUCCUGCGCUGUCUGUGGACUGAACCGCUCGGUGCCGACGUCUCUGUGCCAGCCGGGUGCAGCCAGCGAGACGGAGAGUGGGCAGGCAGGAGCCCCCGUGGCGGGCUGCGCAGAACAUGCCCGAACCCCCAGCCAUGGUGGAUAAAUGCAGCGGGGGGUUACUGAACGGCGCCGUCCCUGGGGAGGUGACCAAGAGAGACGAGAACGUGAAACGGGGCAACUGGACCAACCAGAUUGAGUUUGUGCUGACGAGCGUGGGCUACGCCGUGGGGCUGGGCAACGUGUGGCGCUUCCCCUACCUCUGCUACCGCAAUGGGGGAGGAGCCUUCAUGUUCCCCUACUUCAUCAUGCUGGUUUUCUGCGGCAUCCCCCUCUUCUUCAUGGAGCUCUCCUUCGGCCAGUUCGCCAGCCAGGGCUGCCUGGGCGUCUGGAGGAUCAGCCCCAUGUUCAAAGGCGUGGGCUAUGGCAUGAUGGUGGUCUCCACGUACAUUGGCAUCUACUACAACGUGGUGAUCUGCCUUGCCUUCUACUACUUCUUCUCCUCCAUGACGCGGGUGCUGCCCUGGACCUACUGCACCAACCCCUGGAACACGCCCGACUGCUCCGGGGUGCUGGACGCCGCCAACGGUUCCGCCGCGCCCCCCCUCAACCUCACCCAGCUCCUCAACCACACGCUCAAGCGCACCAGCCCCAGCGAGGAGUUCUGGAGGCGGUACGUGCUGAAGCUCUCGGACGACAUCGGGAACCUGGGCGAGGUGCGGCUCCCCCUGCUGGGCUGCCUGGGCAUCUCCUGGGUCAUCGUCUUCCUCUGCCUCUUCAAGGGCGUCAAGUCAUCAGGAAAAGUGGUGUACUUCACGGCCACCUUCCCCUACGUGGUGCUCACCAUCCUCUUUGUGCGUGGCAUCACCCUGGAGGGCGCCGUCACCGGGAUCAUGUACUACCUGACGCCCCAGUGGGACAAGAUCCUGGAUGCCAAGGUCUGGGGAGACGCUGCCUCCCAGAUCUUCUACUCUCUGGGCUGCGCCUGGGGGGGGCUCAUCACCAUGGCAUCCUACAACAAGUUCCACAACAACUGCUACAGGGACAGCAUCAUCAUCAGCAUCACCAACUGCGCCACCAGCAUCUACGCCGGCUUCGUCAUCUUCUCCAUCCUGGGCUUCAUGGCCCAGCACCUGGGCGUGGACGUCUCCCAGGUGGCCGACCAUGGGCCUGGCCUGGCCUUCGUGGCCUACCCCGAGGCCCUGACGCUGCUGCCCAUCUCGCCCCUCUGGUCCAUCCUCUUCUUCUUCAUGCUCAUCCUGCUGGGGCUGGGCACGCAGUUCUGCCUGCUGGAGACGCUGGUGACGGCCAUUGUGGACGAGGUGGGGAACGACUGGAUCAUCCGCAGGAAGAUGUUUGUGACGCUGGGCAUGGCCGUGGUGGGCUUCCUGCUGGGCGUCCCACUCACCACCCAGGCUGGGAUAUACUGGCUACUGCUGAUGGACAAUUACGCCGCCAGCUUCUCCCUGGUCAUCAUCUCCUGCAUCAUGUGCGUCUCCAUCAUGUACAUCUACGGACACCGGAACUAUUUCAAGGACAUCGAGAUGAUGCUGGGCUUCCCGCCUCCUCUCUUCUUCCAAAUCUGCUGGAGGUUCUUCUCGCCCGCCAUCAUCUUCUUCAUCCUGGUGUUCACGGUGAUCCAGUACCGGCCCAUUGCCUACAACACCUACGUCUACCCCACCUGGGCCGUCAGCAUCGGGUUCCUCAUGGCGCUGUCCUCCGUGCUCUGCAUCCCGCUCUACGCCGUCUACAAGCUCUGCCGUGCGGACGGCGACACGCUGCUCCAGCGUUUGAAAAACGCCACCAAGCCCAGCCAGGACUGGGGCCCAGCGCUGGCUGAGCACCGGGCCGGGCGCUACGCCCCCAGCUCCGCGGUCUGCCUGGAUGUGCAGCCGCUGAACCCCGAGAAGCCACGGAGCGAGGACGUCGCCCUCCCGGUGCAGGGCAGCAACGGCUCAGCCCACAGCCAGGACUCCAGACUGUGACCCGGCGCCAGCCCCUGCGCCCCCAACCCGCCCUGCUCGGUGACGCACUGCAGUGCCCCCUGCUGGGGGAGCCCAGGCUGCACCGGGCACCGCCAGGGGCUCCCCGUGUGUGCGUCCCCACCCCCCGCCCCUCCCCACGGUGUGUGUCACCCCUCGUGUUUACAGUAAGGGCCCCGCAGCCGGGCCCAGCGCACCGCCGGCCGCAGGGGAGCGGCUGCCCAGCUCCGCUUGGCAAGCGCCGAAGGAGCCGUGGCGGGUGUGCGGACCAGGGGGGAGCAAGCCUGAGCCCAGGGGCGGCUCAGCCCCUGCCCAGUGUGUGACUGGGGGAUGGGGAAGCCGGGGCCCAAGUGUCUGGGCUGGGGGCCGUGCCCUGUGAGAUGGGGGGUCCCAGCUGCCACGUGGCCCAAAGCGGCACAGGGGCCACGGACCACGCAGGCCGCGCAGCUGUGGCUCUGGGAGGAGGGGGCCCAGGAGAGCGGCUGCCAGGGCCAGGAGGAGCCGCGCCCCGCUGCGUAGGGGGAGCGAAGGGGAGGGGAGCAGAGAGUCAAUGGGGUGGAGGUUGGGGGGGUGACAGGCAGGCAGCAGCUGGGUCAGGCUAGCCCAGCCCUUUGCUCUGUCUUCCAGGCCCUCCCGUCCUGGCUGGGCCGAAGCGGGGUGGGGGCUGCUGUUACCGUGGAGGGAGAUGGUGUCUGGCUGAGACUGGCGGGGGGCGGGGGGCAGUGCCAAGGCCAGGGUUGUGUCUGGGGCAGGCAGGAUUCAACCCACCUGGCAGGACUCCUACCUGUGCCCCAGGCAUGGCCCAAGCCGUAGUGUGGCACCAUCUCCCCGGGAGCCCCCCCAGCUGGCGCCAAGGGAGGGGCACUUGGAGAGGGAUGGCCAUGGAGAUGCAGGGCUGAGGGGGGGAGCCCUUUGCCAGCAUGCGUUCCCACAUGCACUGCCCCCCCGGCCCAUGCACGGCCCACGUGCAGACACGCACGGCAUAGAGCACACUCGCAGCACACACAAAAGCCCGGCGCACACACGCACGGCACGUGCAGACAUGCACGGCCCAGACACGCACAGCACAUGGGCCGACACGCAGGACUCUCUCUCACACACACACGCACGGCACGUGCAGACAUGCACGGCCCAGACACGCACAGCACACGUGCCGACACACAUGCACGGCCCAGGCAUAUGCAUGCACAUACGCGCCCCCCCCCCCCCCGCACAGCACUCUCAUGCACAUUGCCUGGGGGUGCAGGGCCAGCCCAGGCCAGGUCCCCCCCCGGUGCUGUGUCCCAUGAGGGGCUGCAGUUGGGCUGGGUCCAGCCCGGCGCCUGCGCCAUCAGCCAGCCGCAGCAGGCUGCAAGGGUUAGGCUGUGGCUGGCAUGGCGGGGUGGGGGGGUCCUCUCCGUGGGCUCAGCCCUGCCCUGGGGCUCCCCCUUCACUGAGCGAGCAGGACCCAUGGCCUUGUCUCUCCCUGCUGGUGCGGCUGAGCAUGGGGCUGCAGGGUGGCCCUGCACCCUCAUGGCUCUGCCCUGGGGGGGGAAAGCACUUUAUGGGCCAGGGGGCUGGUUCCAAACCCUACUGCGAAGGAGUUUGCUUGACCCAGCUGGAUUCACCCUGGGCCCCACAGCCCCCAUGGUGGUGAGGGGCAGCCAGCCAGGGGGAGGGGCAUCGCCCCAGCCUGCUGCUAAGGAGAUGCACACGAGGCCCCUGGGGCCAGAAGCACUACGUGGGGGGGCUUCCCCCAAUAGGCACUUUCCUCUGUGUCAGAUGAGUGUUAACGGGGGAGGGGCUGCAUACAGCCCCUCACUGCAACAGGGGGUGCUCCCCAGAUCACUGCCCACAGCCCCCCCACAGGAGGGUGCCCACGGCAUUGGGCUGGGCUGGCUCAGACAGGCCCUGGGUCCCUGUACCCGCUCUCCAGCCGGGCAUGAGGGGGACCGGCCCCCAGCCUGCACGGUGCGUGGAGGUGUCCAGCCAUGACUCCGUGUGUGUCAGGGGCCGGGGAGCAGCUGGGCCUUCCCCCACCCCCAGCUUUGGGCCUGGCCCAAGCAGGGGGGCAGGCACACUCCUUCGGGUGCUCCCCCUCCAGCCGGGAGCCCAGUGCCCCCCUGGGCCAGGCACGGCCUCGCCACCACCAUGCCCGGGCACCGAACAAAGCCGAGCCUCACGGGCAGGGCAGGGGGCGGGCAGUGCCCUGGGGCUGCGCAGGCCAUCAGUGAAGUGAGUUUGGUGGGACUUACCAACGCCCCCGGGACAGGGACCACUGGCAGCGGAGCCGGCCCCACUUCUGCCACCCAGGCAGCGGCUGGGGAAGGUGCCAACGCUGGGUGGGGGCCUGCGGCACCCUGUGGGCACCUCUCCCCGCCCCCCACCCGCCCUGCCCCCCCCAGCCGACGCGGAGCUGCACUACUUCCUGCAUGGAUCCUGUGCCCUGCCCCGUGUGCCAGUGAUGCCCACGCUCCUCUUCCCGUCUAAUUGUUAGCAAUACGGUGCUGGGGCCUGGGCCGCGCCGCCCGCGCCAGUGACACCCCGUGUAGAGUUUUAAAGUCUGAUAGAUUUUAAUGAAAUUUAUAUUCCUG